CAUAAGUUGAGCAAAAAACAUUCGCAAUUUCUUCAACAUUAGCUUGCAAAUUAAUCAAUCUGACUCAUUACAAUACAAUUCAAGUCUGAGACUAUUUUUUUAAAGCAACAACAAUUCAAACAUGAAAGGCACAUUCACUUUCAUUAUUUUUGCAUUGUACUUAAUUCAUGCAACUAAUUCAACUCCAGUUGAGAAAAGUAGAAUAGCUUGCAAGAAUUUCUGUACAGACGAUGAUUUUGAUCGAAUGGUUUGUGCGUAUGACGGAAGUGAUUUGAGACUUUUUGCUGGAAUGUGUCGAAUGAAUUUACACAACAAAUGCCAUCAAUCAAAUUUCAAGGAAGUCGAAUCGAGUUUAUGUCGACAGAACUGAUUAACACAUCGAAUUUAAGUGAAGCACGACGAGUCAUCUUAUUAAAUAAUUAUUAUUACAUAGUCCAAUAAAUAUAAAAUUAUACAGAAUAUAAAGUUUCACAUGUGUUUUGCCUUAAUUACAAUACCGUGUCUCGUGAACAUUAGUGACGAUAAGGUCAAGGAGAAUUUCUCAAUUUAAACAUCUUCAUCAAUUUAGUGAGCGAGAAAAAAAAAGAUUUGUUUUGGAUGAUUGUGAAUUAAAGCCAGUUUUGUGCCAUCUUAUCUGACGGUCAGAUAUCUUUUACGAAACUCUGAGGCGUGAAUUUUUGUGUAACAUAAAAAUUAGUAGAAUGAAAAGUUUGAGAAUCUUAGUGAUUUUACUUUUGUUGACAAUUAUGACGUCAGUUGUGACACUGCAGCAAUAUGAUGAUGACUUGUGUCCAUUUCAUUACUGUCCAAGUUUAAAGUUUAUUUGUGCUUAUGAUGGACGAGGUUUUCAAUAUUUUCGUAAUCGGUGUUUUAUGCUGUGGCAUAAUUACUGUUUUGGAACCAAAUAUCGAGAGACGAACUAUAUGAGAGGAUGUGUGGAGUGAUGAGUUGAUUAGGAUGUUUUAUUGUUUGUCACAUGUUACAUUGUAAUUGAGG